AUGCCCACCACCACCACCACCUCCCAAGAACCGUCCCAUCAACAAAAACAACAACGAAUCCCCAACCCCCGCCGCCUCCUCAUCCUCUCGCCCUCUUCGCAUUCCCCCACCACCAUCCCUCCCUUCCUUCACGCCCUCACCGGCACCCCGGUCCUCGAGGCCCCGUCUACAUCUACGACUACAUCUACAGCUACGUCAUCGGCGCCCUCGAACGAAGCAACAACAACAACAACAACAACACAGCCGAGUUUCGCAGGCUACACGACCCAUCCGCCCCUGCAGAUUCGCAAUCGGUAUUAUGUCGCCGAGGUACCGGUCUGGGUAGAUGAGAUUGCGCUGGAGGGGACGGCAACGUCAACGGUAACGGUAACCUCCACCUCCAGCUCGACCUCCACAGCAGAACCAGGAUCAGGACCAGAUGCAGAUGUGCAGUCCCAAUCCGAGAACAAAUCCAAAGAAGAGCAAGAACAAGAGCCCGAACCCAUCACCACGCCCUCGCUCUGGAAAAAGGAAUUCUCAGGCCCAGAAGCCCAAGUCGUGAGAGAUGCUAUCGGCGCCGUGGUGUUGUGUAUCGUGAAUCCGACUUCCAAUUCCAUUUCCACUUCCACCUCUUCUUCUUCGGAAUCAAAGACGGAGAUAGCCCCGGAGACGCAGACGCAUGUUGAUCGGCUAAAGGAGUUUCUGCGCGCGGUCGGAGACGUGCGCGCCUUGGUUGAAGAGGAGAGGGGUGGGAUGGGCGAUGUACCUGGGUUGGUGGUUUUGGUAGGAGGAGGAGAAGGGACGCAAGCUGCGACGGCGCAGCAGCAGAAGAAGAAGCAGGAUCUAGGAAGUGGGCAGGAAUCGGGGAUGGGGGAUUUAAGUGGUGAUUUGGGUGCGGAUCUAGAUCUGGAUACCGAUGCCGAGGAACCGUUCUCGGUCCCCUGGUGGGAAGACCAAUUAUAUGAGAUGGGGUUGAUCGGGAUGGAGGUUGUUAAUUGGGAUCCGAAGGCUGGAGGGGAGGAGACGGAGGAGAGGAAUCAGUUUGGAGAAUAUCAAGGACUGCGACGCAUCCGCGAAGUGCUGGAAACGCACGACUGGGCGCCAUCAUCUCUCUCCGACGACGAAGACAAGGACGGCGAUGACGAGGCCGACGAGAUCGAGAAGAUGUUGCUUGGGGCGGACGCCGACGAGGACGAGGACACGGGCUUUGGGCUGGAAGUCAACGAGCUGGAGCGCGAGAUGGUGGGGUUGCGGUUUGCCAUUGAGCGAGGUGGAGGGAGUGGGCGGGCGGAUGAGGACUCGCAGGACGAAGGCGAUGAUGAAUUGAGGGUCGAUGCGGUCGAGGCGUUGAUGUUGCGGAUGGCUGCUAUUAGAGAUAUGAGCGACGAACUACCCGAACAUGAACGCAAACGAUUCGCGGCCAAGGCUGUACGAGAUAUUAUGAAGGAGAUAUGA